AUGGCAAAUUUUGUCAGAUUUCAGAUGUUCUCAGGACGUCCUUUGACGAUCAAUGGAGACAACCCAUUGAUAAAAGAUCAAUUAACUGUGUCCAGUGUCGACAGCAUCACUGUGGAGGGGGACCCUUGGGUCUUCUUUGAUUCUCCCGAUUAUGGAGGGGACUUCGUAAUCUACAGGGCAGGAGAACGGAAACAAUUCCCCACGGGGCUCAAAAACAUCAAAUCUGUGCGCAUGAUCAAAGGCGGAAUCGACAGAUCAAAAGUCAUCUUAUAUCCUCACCCUUUUUUCAAUGGUAUAGCGGAGCCAUUUCAAAAUAAGAUAGAUCAACUACCGAGCACGUAUUUUUCUCUCAAAGUUGCUGAGGGAGCUGUGAUCUUCUUCGAUGAUGAAAACUGCAUUGGAGAGAAGAGGAUCCUGCUGAAUGGAGACGAGGUGCAGAAUUUCACAGCUGUGAAGUUAACCUCCAUUGGCAAAUCAGUGAAGACUGCCUGGGACAUGGGGCCGCAAUGA